UACUCAUCAUCCGCAUCUGCGUUCUUCUUAUCAUACCAGCUGCAGCAGGAUUUUAUAUUUUCCGCGUUGUCCACGUCCAAUCUCAUUGGGUAUAAUCAUUUUGAAUUGAAAAUUUGCAUUUACCAAAUCCCACGAUGGAGGAAGACCUGCCAACCGAGUUCGAUCUGAUCGUGGUGGGCACAGGGCUAUCGGAAUCGAUUGUGGCCGCAGCAGCCAGCCGGAUUGGCAAGACGGUUCUCCACUUGGAUACCAACGAGUACUACGGUGGCUUCUGGUCGUCGUUCAAUUUGGAGAGUUUGAGGAAGUAUGCCGAGGAGUGUCGUGAAUACAAGAAGGAUCAAGGGGUGGAAAAGAAGGAGGAUGAAUCUCUAGCGCUGAAGAAGGCUGCCACCCUGAUUGAGAACGUCAGCGAAGGGUGGUACAAUUUUGACGAGCUGGGCGACGUCGACGAGUGGAACCGUGAUCGGAUUCUGAAGGAGUUUCGACGAUUCAAUGUGGAUCUGGCUCCGAAGCUGCUGUACUCGCGAGGAGCGAUGGUGGAAUUGCUGAUUUCGUCGAACAUCUGUCGGUAUGCGGAAUUCCGAGCGGUGGACCGAGUUGCGACGAUCUGGAACGGGAGGAUUAUGACGGUUCCGUGUUCGAGGUCGGAUGUGUUUACAAGUCGGGACGUGAAUGUGGUGGAGAAGCGACUGUUGAUGAAGUUUCUGCAGAGUUGCGCAAGUUGGGAAGGGGAAGGAGAAGGGAGCGAGCAUCAGGCAGCGGAAGUCGAGGGAAAGACGUUCCUGGAGUAUUUGAAGAAACAAAAGUUGACCCCGAAUUUGAUCCAUUAUUUGUUGUACACAAUCGCCAUGGGGAAUGACCACACUAGCUGCCGGGACGGGUUGGAAGGGGUGAAGAAGUUUCUGCUUAGUUUGGGUCGGUACGGAAACAGCCCGUUUCUGUUUCCGAUGUACGGAUGCGGGGAGAUUCCGCAGUGUUUCUGCCGGCUGUGCGCCGUUUUCGGGGGAAUUUAUUGUCUGGGUAAGCCGAUCGAGGGUAUUAAUUUAAAGCGAGAUGAAAGGGGCUAUCAAUCGUUAAAGUUCGGCAAACAGACGAUAAAGGCCAAAGGGUUGGUCAUAGGGCAGGGGUACGUUGAGAAGGAGAUUUUCGGAGAAAAGGAAGGCUCGAGGGAAGAGAAGCGAACCUGUGGACAAAUGGCACGUGCUAUAUUUUUGACAAAUGUUCCGUUGGGUGGUGCAUCGCAGAAUUCCGGUGGAGGUGGCGUGUCGCUGAUGAAACUGCCCCCCGUGGAAGGGCACGAAGAUGGAUCUACCAUUAUCCAGUUGGCACACUUUAGUGGCACUUGUCCGAAGGACAUUUAUCUCAUCCACGUGACGGCAAAAUCCAUCAGCGGUGACCCGAGGGCAGAUUUGGAACCCUACGUGUCGCAGAUUCUAUCAAAAGAUUAUUUCAUACCUCCGGAAGAGCUUGCGGAAGACAAUGAAGCACCGGAGAAUAACGUAUCAACAAUCCUCUACGAAUUGUACUUCAACAUUCCGAAAUGCGUCGCGUGCCAGCAUCCGUCCGGCUCCCUGCCGGAAGGAAUCCAUCUGGCCUGCGGUCCGCUUUACGAGUUGGACUACGAUGAAAGCAUAGCGCGAGCACGGUCGAUCUUUAAGGAUAUCUACCCGGACGAGGAGUUCCUGCCGCGAGCUCCCGAUCCGGAGGAGAUCGUUAUCGGCGACGAAGACGUCGGUGCUGCCGACCAAGCGCUGGAAGUCGUGGCCAGUGCCGAAGAAAGUGACAAGGUGGAAAGCGCUCGGGAGUGUCAGGAAAGUGAUGCGAGCUCAGAACCAGCUGCCGCCACAGCACCGGGCAUUUCCGACGCCCAGGAAGCGAAAGAGGACUCGAUCGACAAUGCCGAAGAAUGCCUGGAGCAGAAAUAAUCAAACAUUUGCACGCUUUUGCUUGCUUAAUUUAUUCCAACUGUGUUGAUAUUUUUUAUUUAAUCUGUGUACGUGUGUAAAAUCGCAACGCUGACGUUUUAUUAUAGUAUUUAGUGGCAAUAAAUUACUACUUCUUCU